CGUCAAUGUUUUGCUUGACCUGCUGCUGCUGCAGCUAACCUGACUGAACACUCAAAUGCUGAAGCCACGGUUAUCUCUUUGGUUGACCCGCAGCUAUGCAACUCGCAUUGCAGAAAAGCCUCCUGCGCGGUUUCCAGAUCCAUUGCUGAACCAGCCAAACACUUUUGUCAAAACACUCAAGGACGAGAACUUGACUUUCAUUCACCGACCUCCCCCAACAGCACCUUCACCUUAUUCAACAACGUUAGCUCCUGCUUCACCUUUGCUCAAGUCUCCGACAUCAUUCAACAAAAAUGCACCCAUGCCACCUUUGUUGCGGCCUUCGGCUUACAAAGUUGCACCAUCACGAAUGUCUGAUAAAGACAUGGAGCAGCUACGAAAGCUGAGGUUGUCUAAUCCCGAAAAAUACAGCCGUGCUAAACUUGCCAAAUUGUUCAAAUGCACGCCAAAUUUUGUGUCGAAAGUUGCUGCCCUUCCGAGAGCUCAACGGAAGGAGUUCUCAAGGAAGAUGGAGGCGGAGCACGAGACUAUUAGGGAACAGUGGGGAGAGAAGAAGGCCACUUUUGUUGCUAUCAAGCAGAAAAGGCGUGAAUUCUGGUGAUCUGGACUUGUUAGGUCCGUAUCCAAGGC